AUGGACAUUUAUCAAGCCGCAACCUACCAAUCGAGCGAAUCGUUGGAGCUUGAUUUCGUCGGUCUCCAGCCUCGUCUCGCAGACUUCAAAUUACGGCUCGAUAACGGUCCCCAACGAUUCGUCCAACACAAGCAAGAAGGCCGCGUGCGUGGCAGAAACUCACUGCUAACUCAAGUUCCCAUUACGCGCUCCAGUGGUGGGUACAUUUGGUGGUAUUUCUGCCAGAUUGAUCGCUUCGACUUUUUGUUCUUUCAGUUCGAGUUCUCGCAGCUCCCUAACCCAGUUAACCGGAUCGAGUUCUUUUUCGUUCCUGAGCGGCUGAUUCCUGACUCCUGGUACACUUCGGACUCUGAGCAUGCGGAUUUCGAGAUUGCCGAGUUGAAAGAAUAUCGAUUUCACAAAGACGAAGAUGGGGAGUGGAUUGGUCACAUCAAGGAAGUGCUGCGCCAGAAUCCACAUCCUCGCAGACCCGGCAUGCGCCCUGCUAGGGUAGCAUCUUCUGAGAGUCCGGAGGAGAUUCUGGAACCGGGAGACCACGCUGAGGGCUUGCCGGUAGGAACCCUUGGCACCUCCGCGCACGGUCGAGCCGUGCACGCACAGUUGAUGACAAGCAAGCAGCGAGACUUUUUCUAUGGAGUUAUGAAUGAAUGUGCAGAGAGUCGCUCUGGGUUGCUAGUCUGUCUUUCGAGAAGCAGUAGUUCGGGGGACUUCGGAUUCAUCCUGUACGAAUGGUCACAGCCUGAUCAGGACAUGUGGAGGAGAUAUCAACGACCACCACAGUUCAUGCAUACCCUACCUCCUGCUGUGGAGAUGAUCUUAAUCACAUACUAUACGCGGCAUGAGGAAUGCUCGUAUCAAGGUCCUCCCGUUACAGCAGCCGAAUUCUGUCGCAUUAACGCCUCGAAAGACAAUCGCCUGCUCAUCUGGGAUAUUGGUGGCGCAGACACUACGAUGCUAGCUUUGAUUCCGUCUAACGAUAUUCGCCCAACCGAAGCGCAGCGUGAGAAGUUCCGAUCAAACUUUGGACUUUCGGCAGAAGAGUGGAAGGCGUCGACGCCGGUCCUGUCGUCAUUGCUCUGCACGGGGCUACAGGCCGGCGAGUAUACAAUUUCCGGCGACUUGUUUUCUUGUGGAUGCUCUUGGGAUAGGGUGUGGCGUGCGCUUCAUAAAUUCGCGGCGGAGGAUGUUGUAGAGCAUCCGCCUCGUCGACUCCGGCAGGCUCCAGAUUUUCGCUACACUGUCACCCACGUUUUGUCCCGCUUAGUAUGCGAACAUCACCUGAGAAGCAGACUAGAGGAGAGGGUGCCAGACACGGAAGCAGAUGCCGAAGGAGAGGAUUAG